CGCGAUGUUGGAAGCUUGGCAGCAUCCCUCCGUAUGCGCAUCGUGGGCCGUGGCCGAAGAUGAUGUUACAGCGGCUGACAGUACAGUAACGUUGGUGCAGCUGCCCACUCGUAGAAUGUUGCCUCAGGCCUGCCGUUACUUCCGACACUUCUUUGCGCCUCCCCAACACCACACCUUCACCGCAGCGCUCGUGUUGCUGUGACGGCGGGCCGACUUCGCGAAUCACACCACCAAGCCUUCACCAAGCCGCCAAUUACACGAUUUGCUCCACCGCCAAGCCUUGUUGCGCGCAUAUAACAUUAUAGUGAACAGCAUAAGACCACAGAAAUAAUAAUCCUCGCACUGGCAUCGACAGCCCCUCCCGACAUGCUUUUUUCGGCACUGCUCGCGCUGGGCGCGACAGCUUCAGCCACGGUCUUAUUUGUUGCAGACUACUCGGGGAACAUCACCUCACUGUCGUUGACCCACAGCAAUGGCAACUACAGCCUCGAGGCAAUCCACACAAACGACGGCUGCGCUCCAAACCCAUCAUGGCUCACGAUCGAUCCGGCCCGCGGCCAUCUCUAUUGCCUGAACGAAGGCCUUUCAUCACCAAACGGAUCUCUGGCCUCAUUCUCCAUCAACUCGGAUGGCAGUCUGAAGCAGAUCACAAAUCAGACCACUCCAAACGGACCCGUUAGUGCUGUGAUCUACGGUGAGCCAGCUGGUCGACGCGCCAUCGCUCUAGGCCACUAUGGUGGAUCGGGAGUGAGCUCAUAUCUCCUGGGCUCUGAUGGCAACGUCACCUUCAACCAGGAAAUGUUCUACAAUUUGACCGAGCCUGCUGCGGAUCCGGACAGACAGGAUGCGCCUCACAUACAUGAAGUCAUCACUGAUCCGACUGGCCAGUACAUUCUUGCUCCAGACCUCGGCGCAGACCUGGUCCGAAUCUAUUGCUGGGAUAUCAAGACUCUAAAGCUGAAGGAGCUCGAUCCUCUCACAGUCAAGGCCGGCACUGGUCCUCGCCACGCUGCGUUCUGGAGUCCAUACAGCUUGACGGGCAGUGGCGAUCUCUACUUCUACCUGGUCGGCGAGCUCUCCGCCACUGUCACAGCCUACAAGGUCACCUACAGGUCUGACAACGGCGGCCUCUCUUUCACUGAAGUCCAGCAUGAGCAGUCUACCUGGCUCUACAACAUUCCUCAACGCAACGCACCAGCUGAGAUCGCCGUCUCACCAGACAACCACUUCCUGAUUGUUUCCAACCGAAACGACACAACCUUCACCCUUCCAAACGCCAUCGGCAAAUCUGACUCCAUGACAACCUGGCAGCUCGACGAGAAGAAGGGAAACAUGGUUUUCCAUCAACUCUGGCCAGCGGGUGGCAGCUAUCCUCGUUCAUUUACGACGAAUGCAAUCGGCAGUCUUGUCGCUGUUGGUUACCAGAUGUCCGAAGCCGUGUCAAUUUUGAGCAGAGAUGUGCAGAGCGGACUGAUUGGCGAACCGGUGGCGAGGAUUCCUAUUGCUGGGAAUGUGACGGCUGUGGUGUGGUAUGAGGAAAGGGCUUUGGGUGUGCUUGGAGCUUAGGAAGCCGCUUGUACAUACUGGCGCAUCGGGAGUUUGAGAGGCAAGAUGCAGGUGCAGGAAGUGAUAGGUCGGUAGAUUCUAUACGUCGUGAGGAGACCACUAGAAUACUUUCCUGGGCAGGAAUUAGACAUGAAGCUUGAUUACAGAAAUUUUGUAGGGCCUGCAUUCUUAAUACUCUUGUGAAGCAUGACAUGUAAAAAGGCUUACAUUGCCAGCAUUGACAGG